AUGGCCGAGGGAUUUGUGGAAGAAGAACUAGGAAAACCAUUGGAAGAUGUUUCAGAAACAUAUCUGAAUAUUCUCAUUGGAAGGAAAUUGAUACAAGUAAGUGAAUGGGAGAUUGAUCGCCGCCAACGUCGCGUUAGAAGUUUCACAGUUUCCAGCCUUUUCCAUGAGUUUCUUGUUUCAAUUUCUAAGAAAAGGCGUUAUCUAACACUUCCACAACCCAACCACUCUGCUUCUUCCAGUGAACAUGUCCGGCACAUUUCAGUUCAAAAUGUUACUACAACUGAUUUAAAACGUGUAACAGAGUUGAGUAAAGUUCGAACCUUUUUCAUGCUUGGUCAGCAGCAGCAGCAGGAGGGUACAAGUAUUUCUGGUUCAUCUUCUAGUUCUCACCGUUUUAUCGGGAAAGCUGUAUUUAGAAGAACGGCUGGUGACUCAUUGGAAAAUGUAUCUGAGAAUUUCAAAUUGUUAAAGGUUCUAGAUAUGCAAUAUACACCUCUCAAGGACUUCCCUAAAGAUAUUGAGAGACUUGUUCUCUUAAGGUGUUUAAACCUCAGUCAUACACAAGUUCAGGAAGUUCCAAGGUCAAUAAAGAAGCUUGUAUUUUUGGAAACACUGAAUCUAAAGCGUACCCGUGUUACCAAUUUGCCAAAGGGGAUUUACAAACUCCGCAGAUUGCAUCAUCUUCUAGUCUCUUACUAUGAUGUGGAGGAACAAGGAGUGGAGCUUUCUAAACGCAUAACAAUUUUAUCUUCUUUACAAGAGUUGUCACUUGUAAGGGUAAACAGUGAAACAAAAACUAUGAAAAACAUUGGAAAUUUGAAGGAGCUGAGGAAGUUGAGGCUGGUAGGUUGUCUCAGAAGAGAACUUGGUUCGGAGUUGUGUGAAUCCAUUCAGAAAAUGAAGAGUCUCUCGACGUUGGAUGUCAGAGUAAAAACAGAGAACGAGUCUGUUUAUUUGGAUUAUGAUAUGGAAGAACCUCCACAGAUCCAACGCCUAUACUUAAAAGGACGCCUAGAUUGGCUACCAAGGUGCAUUUCCCAGCUUCAAAGUCUAGUGAAGGUUGGUCUGAAUGGGUCAAAAUUGAAUGCCAAUGUGAAGCCGGUUGAGGCAUUUGAAGAUUUGCCAAGUCUAAUGGAGCUGGAAAUGGUUAAGUAUUACACCGGAAAAGAAUUGGUGUUCAGAUCUGGUAAGUUUAAGAGCCUAAAGAUAUUGCAUAUUGAAGAAUUUGAUGAACUAAGUGAGGUGGUAGUGGAGAAUUAUGCAAUUCCAAAGCUUGAAAAGCUAACCAUUUGUAAAUGUAAGAAGUUGAAGUCAGUUCCUCUUGGCAUCUUCGAUCGAAAACAACCAGUGGAAUUUCUUGUAUAUGAUAUGAAUGAGGAGUUUAUUUCAAAUCUGCAAAGAGGGAAUAAAGCCAAGUCUUACCAGCAAGACUUGGAACCGGGGAUUGGAAGCAGCCAAUACUAUUACUGA